AUGGUAUCGUCAACUCGUGGCCAACGCGUCUUUCUGACUGGGGCAAAUGGGUUUGUAGCAUCCCAUAUCCUCUCCCUACUCCUUGAGGUGACCAAAGCCGACGAUGUGGUCAACGCUCACCCCGAAUGGAAAGGGAAGGUUGAUUUUGUGAUCGUGUCGGAGUUCACCUCACAGAAACCAUUCAGCACCUUGUUUGAGGAGACCGAAGCUCCCUUUGAUUAUGUUAUUCAUGCGGCAUCGCCAUUCAAGUUUGACUUCAAGGAUUUUCAGAAAGAUUUGAUCGAUCCGGCAAUUAAGGGAACGACUCAAAUCCUGGAAAGCGCUCACCAACACGGUGGAAGCUCGCUCAAACGCAUUGUCCUUUUGGGCAGCGGUGUUUCUGUACUCGAUUCCUUCGAGGACAUGAGUCGAGAAGGACACCCAUAUACCGAGAAAAGCUGGAAUCCAGCUCCGUUCGAUCGUAAAGACAUUGUGCUAGGUUAUAAUUUCUCCAAAGCCCAAGCCGAGUGCAAAGCCUGGGACUUCAUGCAGGCAAAUAGUCCGAAUUUCGACCUCACUGUCAUCAACCCUCUUAUCGUCACCGGACCGAUGAUCCAUCCAAUCUCAGGGGAGGGAUCGAUCAACGAAAGCAAUUAUUUUGCGAUUGCUAGUUUCAUCGACGGGACUCAUGUCAAAAUUGAGGAUGUGCAGUUUCCAUACUAUCACUUUGUCGACGUGCGCGACGUGGCUGGGAGCCAUGUAGAUGCACUUACCAAUCCCGCUGCUGGAGGGCAGCGUAUCGUGCUUGUCUCAGGGCUCAUUACGCCACAGUUGGUCGUGAAUACUAUCCGAAAGCAUUUCCCUCAACUGCGCAAAAAGGUUCCAGCCGGUACACCGGAUAAGGUGCUGCCCGAGGGAAUGCAACCCACCAGUUGGGAUACGCAAGUUAGCUUGGAUAUACUCUCGAAGGGAAAGGGUAGCCAGUGGGAAUACAUCGGCUUAGAUGAGAGUGUGAGGGACGCGGUGCAGUCUAUGAUUCAGCACAAUCUUGUGCCUGACUAA